GAGAGAAAGGAAAAAGGCGAUAUGGACCAGCACACAGCAGCCGGAGCAAACGAUCCAUUUAAAAGGCGAGUUCGAACUCUGGGUAAUCGAUGAUAGUCGCCGAGUGGAGGGAUGGUAGCAAGAAUAACACGACACCUCGAUCAACUGUUCUUUCCUGAACAAAAACACGUUCAAUUUCAAGUGAGACGGAUCCUCUGACGAACGAUUAACGAGAGGAAGCUUCUACGAAUCGAUAGGCGGCGAAAAGGGGGUUUCUUGGGAUAUUUUGCGCACACCGCAGAGACGUUGGAGGCCGGAACUCUUUUCGUUCACCUCGUGGCUCGAACGCUCCUCGCCUCUCCGGAGUAGGGAAAAAGCCACCCUCUUGUUAGACCGAGCCCUCCCCUCUAUCCCUCUGCAGCUCCGUCGGAUUCGUCGAUGACGAAACGCACACGUAAAUUCGUGGACGUGCACGGUGCUGCCGCUCGCAAAAUCAGUGCGACCCAAGUGCACCGCGAGGCAGGAACGCGGGUCUCCCGUGCGCGGCCUGUCGUUCCCGCUUGCGGCACGCGCGCCUCUUCCACAGGAGUAUCAGUCAGAUAGCGAGAGACACUCGCGUAAAUAGGUCGUUGGAUACCGCCGUUGAUUCGAUAGUAAAUAGUCAAGCUAAAUUAACGAAUAGUGGUCGACGUCUCGAAAGAAGUGACAAUGGGAAACGUCAGUUGAAAAUAAAAGAAGCAUAUAGUUGAUACGAACGUGUAAUAGAUGCUGACAACUGACUAGAGUGACUAACGUUUAGAUUUAGUCGAGGUGACUAAACAAACAUCGUGAAAGAGGAAAUGAUUGGAAUGGAAAAACGAUCAGUGCGUUAAACAUCGUAGUUUUGCAUUGGAGAUUAGAUGUACGUUGUUGUUUUCUCUUUUUCUGGUGAAUCAAUCUGUGAUGUUGAGUAAAUAAAAUGUAGAUGGAUGGAAGAGACUGAUUUAUUUAAAUGGAAAUGAAUUUUACAUAUGACUGUCAUCAAGAUUGAUUAAAUGAAAAAAAAUAAAUAAAUAAAUAAAAAUUAUGAAAAACAGAAGGAGAAGCUGAAAAAUAGUAUGAUGGAAGAAAUAAAAUUGCAGAAUGUAGAUACAGACUUUCCUGUUCAACAGAACUAAUUUGAUUUCGAAAAUAACUUUGGAUUGAAUUGUCUACGAUAAGCACGGAAAUAAACCACUGAUAUCGAUUGUCGACAGAGAAACGUGAAUUGGAGAUGCGUGGCGGUCGAACGAACUAGAAGAGAAAAACGGGCGUGCGGGAGGUGUUGAAAGAAGAGAAAAAGCUUUGAGCAUCGAUCUUGCGGCUGAUGCAGCUACUAUGACGCGGGUUGUCCGAUACAUUCAACUGUAUCCAGUGUGGAAUCGACGGGUCGCGUGGCCCACGAGACGGGAUCUACGGGGCUAUAGUUAGUAAGCUAGGCCAGUCUUCGCGAAUUGGAUCAGUGGCUACGGUCGGUGUAAACGAUGACGGCGAGGAGGACGAGGACAACGUCGGCGGGUACGACAAUGACGCCACGCGCGACGGGACUAAAAACGCUGGGUCUUCCCGACGGAAUGCAGGAGGCCGAUCGAACGCCUCCCGAUGUACCCUCUUUUUACGUGGUCUUCCCACGUAAACUCUAUUCGGUGACGUGUAUCAUGAAAGAAUAAAAUUCAAGAAAGAUCCAACGAAAUUAGAAGAAAAAAGAAAAAAGAAGAAAAAAAGGGGCCAAUUUUCCGAUUCUUCCAAAUAAUAAAGAAAAAGGAAACGAACAAAAGAAAACAGAAAAGAGACUAAAUUCGAAACUCGGUUCGAAGCAUCCGUGGAAAAUGUAAAUUCGCCUCUGGUUAUGUGUUCAAGGCUUACUUGGUAGGAUUUAAUGUGCAAUCGUGGCUGAUAAGCUUCGGGAAGUAAAGAAGUCGUUCUUUGCGGCGCGAUAAGGACCACAUUGGUCGCAAAGAUGGACUGCUGCAACUACGUCGAGGCUUACGCGGCAGGGAGCCACUUUUAUCAACAACAACAUUACUUUUGCUAUGAAAACGCGAGCACCGAUUACGGUGGCUAUGAACCGCCGCCGAUUUCCAGCGCUAUCGAAACUACUGCGCGAUACAACGGGACUGUACCGCCUGCGUAUCCGACAGAUUACGUGUACAAUCCGAAGGAGGCGAGACUGCGGAAGGCGAUGCGCGAACAGAGUCGCGAGCUAUCCAGGCGAUCGAUCUUGCAGAGCGCGAUCGCUCGAGCGGGCGUGAUCGCUGGUCCAGUCACAUCCGGUGGUUUCCUAGAUCAUCAGCAUCGUUUUGGUUGCGUGUCCACAGUCAACUUGCCGAUGAAUUCAUCCGUGGAAUCGGAUCGAGCCACGGAACCGUGGUUCCAGUCGACGUCUCGUCCAAAGCCGAUCCAUUCGCCCCGAAUGACCGAUUGGUACGGCAACGUGACUGAUCCUAUCGAGAGACUGCAAGUAAUGGGUGCGAUGCAUCAGCGUGGCCUCGAUAAAUGCAAAGACGUGAUGAGGAAUCAGGCUGUGGCCAACGUAGCCAAUAACGUGGCCGCUGAAUGCGGUGCUACAUUUUCAAAUAACGGAUAUCCGGUUGAUUUCACCGAUGUUAGUCGAGAAAGGGACUUACGUCGCCAAGAGAAUAUGGAGUACAGCGAAUUUCCUGAUGGUCAAAAGUGGCAUCCUUAUCAGAAUGGCGAAGGUGCUCAUCAACAUCCCAGAACUUCUCAUCCUUCUCAGAUGAGCAACAUUCUUCACCCAAAUAUUCAGAGUCCAGGUUCACACGGACACGAACCGUGGGGUCAAUUUUGUCAUGGCGUGCUGCCACACACUCCGCCUAUGCCUCGAAACGUUGGAGUCCGUGGGCCGCGACACACUCUGCUGUUACAGGAUCGUAUGCCCCCUAGACACUGUGAGUUUUCCGAGGAAGCACCGCGAAUGAUGUAUCAUCCAACUAAGCUCGAUAUCGAGAACGUACGAGCAUCGUACACGCCCCCUGAGCACCAGAUGCCGAGAUUACUUGAAACCUCAGUAAACUCUAUCAUGGACUCUGCGUCCACAAUAAGGAUUCGUCGUGAGGAUGAUGGCCCCAGGUGGGAGCCAAGCACUAUGAAUAACAGAAUGUCUAUGGAUAAUCUAGUUCCAACAACGGAAUCUAGUAUAUCACGCGAUAAAGAACAUGAAUCUCGUCGAUCAGCUGAAAGAUUCGAGUCAAAGAAGAAGAGCAUCAGUAAGCAACCGUUGCCUGGUUUUCACCAAGCAUUCGGUUCGACGGAGAUUGGCAGGUUCUCCAGAUCGGAGUUUUUCGUGAACAUGGUGGGCGAGAGCGGCGGAAACGUGGAAGUCGCCGACACGGAAAGUAUUACUGUAAGUACGGAUCGUAUGUCAGAGGUAAACGGAUCGACAGUGACCACUGCGACGCACGGUACGUCGGUAAUUACUACGACCGCGACGACGACCGUCAGAUCUUUCGACGGCGAUGAAAGCGAGGAGGCGAGUUUCGACGAGUCGAACAACGACCUCGUCGCUCCGACGUCGAUGGGUAUGUAUUGCAGCCAACCAAGUAUUCCUCGUUGGCAUAGACCUCACAUAGGCGCUAUAGGUAGCGAAAUUUAAAGCAAAUCAUUAAUUCUUUCGCGGGCUAACGUGUUUCCCAAUUGAAAGUCUGACGGAAGGGAACUAUGUGAUUCUAAUCAUUUUCAAAGUGCGAGUAUGUAACUGGGGCAUUUUCUCUCGCAAUUUUCUUUCUGGAUACAGUGGUUUAUGAAAGAAUUUUGAACUGUUGCGUCCAAAGGAGCGAAAAAAGAGCGACUGAACAAAUCUCUACAUUAUGUGAUGUAUACGUAGAUAUUUGCAAAACUUGAUCAAACGUGUUUUCAACCUUGUGUGUAUGAUUCAAUUAUGAAUGGAGUUGCUCUUUGCCGUGGAAUUUUUUUACGAGUUUACGAAUGCUGCGUUUAUUUAUAGAUUCUAAUUAGCCCCCGAAAGGAAUUAGCAAUUCAUCAAGGACGCGAAUUGCGUCCAGUUGUCUGUAGGAUUAAAUUAUUCCCUCCGAUGUUCAAGUUACCCGAUAAUAUUCUGUACGUGGAGAGAGAAUCGUCUGUUAUUCGUAAUUGAUAACUCUCAGCUAAGUUGUUCGAAUCGAUUUCGCGAGUAAGACAAAUUUCUCCAAUUUGUACAAACAUUACGCGUUAGACUUUGACUCGCCGGGGAAUAUAAAUGGCGUACGAAACAUCCCGGCAAACUGCACACACGUUUGUCGAGAUUGUGCCUUUAAGAGAUCUGUGGAGCUAUUAAAGGUCUUCAAAAUUUUUGAUCAAAUCAAAAAUAUAAAAUCAAAAGCAGCACGAUAUUCGCGGGUCUCGUACGUCAACUAUUAAGUUGAGCAACUUACAUCGAUGUAUUAUAUUAAAAGGCUAGAAAUUUUGGCGAAACAGAUAUCGCAUAUCAUCUUUAAAAAGAAACGACCCUUUUCUUCGACGUGAAAAGUAUUUCAAAAAUACUAAAUAUUGUUUAAAGUAUUUUUUUUAAUAGCAAAUUUAUUCUGAUAACACAGACGUUGUAAAAUAUAAAGAAUUUUGUGAGUUGCUCAAACUUGAUAAAGAAAUAUAAUCAAAAUGUGUCGAUGGAAGUAUUUAAUCGGCACCUUCCAUCAAGUUGUUAGAUAUCGCCGAUGAUACACUGAGAUUAGUGUACCGACGAUGAAUUAUAUAAUUAUAUUAAAUAUAUAUUUAAAAAAGUAAAUAUAUAUAUAUACAUAUAUAUAUAUAUAUAUAUAUAUAUUGUACUUAUAUGUAUAAUGGAGGAACGAAAACGCGCGACGAAAAGGUAUUUAAGUUAUUUAGUAGAAUAUUUAGACGACACGUAUUGCUGCGCGGAGAAACGUAUGAAUAAAAGUGAACAUUAAUAUCGCGAACGUAGGAAGUCGAGAAACCGACGAAAUACACACCGUUCCGCUCGUGAAAAAUAUGUUUUUUCUGAAGGGGAUGCACGGUAUUUUUGCAUUUGGAGCUCCUUUUAUUUCUUCACUGCAAAAUAAUAUGAAAUAUGUCAAAAAUGGAAGACAAAUAUCGCAACUUCAGCAUGUUAAUGCAGUAAAAGAUAAGUAAAAAAGUUGGAUUGUAUAAGAGAAGUUUGUAAGUUAAGACUGUAGACAGUAAGACUGUAGUUAUAAUGUAAACUCAAAAAUAUGGCAUGUAAUUUAUUGAAACUUUUUUAUAUAUCCAUUUUAACGUACGUUUAAUAUUCCAUUUAUUAUAGUAACUUUGGGACCUUUGGAAAAUAUACUUAGAAAGAAAAAAUGUUUUUAGAAUCUCCGCAUUAACGUUCUGACAAGUGCGAUAUUAUAUAGAAAAAUGCAAAGUUCACCUUAUUAAUUAUGUUCUUCUUAUAUGUGACAUUGAUACUUUUGCUAUUCAAUUUGUAUUUCAUUAGAACUUAGGUUUCAUUAAAUUUAAAAAUUGUUCUUAUAUAAGAAACGAUCUCCGAUAUUGUCUUGAGUGAGAAUGAAAUAUUUUUUAUUAUUUCUAUUUUUCUUUUCUUUUUGAUCGAGUUCUGAGUCCCGUGCAGGUACCUAUGACUCGUGUUGAUUGAUCUAUCGGUACAUCGACUUAACAUAAUUCGUGCCAGCUACCCUGUACCUAUAAUGGGACCAAAUUAAAAGAGAAGCUUUUAUUUCGCGUUCACCGUCGCGCUUACGUCCCGCGUAUUUUAUCGUGUAUGAAAACCUUCCCCCGUUCCGUUCGAUCGAUUGCCUCGAACAAGAGGCAAAAAUUUGUAUUGAAACGUGAAAUGUUCUUUAACACGUUCGAUGUUAUUUCAAGCAAAUGGUUAUUAACGAUCUAUUUAAAAAUUGCACUGAAUUGCGUUCAAUUAUAUUUCAGUUUUUUAUCUUCAAUUGUACCAAAAUCAAUUGUAGAAAUUAGAAUUUUUAAUGUAAAGAACAUAGCUUUAAAUGUAAAAAUGUUUAAUUUUUCCUUUACUUUGAUUUCUGUAAAUUGUUUUCUAAUGCUAUUUUAAAUUGAUUUGCGUACUAAGAUGCUUCGUUUAUCAUGACAUGGAGCGUGUUAAUUGAAAAUCUACGUGAAAGUAAAUGAAUUCACGAGGAACGUGUUGUGCUGUUUAGCAAGAUGAAUUAGUGUUCCAUCGAUCAAAUACAUUGUUUAAAUAUCGUGUGAUCAUCGUUUAUAAUGAAUAUCGUUCGAGCGUAAUAGAAAUAUUUAGCGAUGGUAAUUCAACAUUCGACUUUUUUGUUCUUGGACGUAUAGAAACGUCCAAGAAGCAUGGAAUGAUGUAAAUGCUGUGAUUUGUUUUAAAAUUAAACGAGCGUAGUUUAUAGUGGUACACAGUGGGGGAACGCUGAAUAUCGUCGCGACGUGAGGAAAGGCGAGUUGUGAUAAAAAGAGAAUAAAAAUUCUGUAAGAAAUUUUGACGAUACAUGUAAUUGUCUGUCUAGUACGAUCGAUCAUCGGGGCCCUCUUGCACAAUUAAACUAAUGUUAUUAGCGGAAUUUUACAAGUUAUCGGUGUGGAUAAAUUCUUUAACAGAGCAAGAUUUGCGUUAAAACGAGUAAAGUUGAAGGUGUCAAUUUUGCAAAUUGUAAGCCAACCAAUUGCCCUAUUUGACGUAAUGCUAUAAAAGUAUGCGACAAAAGUUUUUAAUUUUUACAACUUAUCACUUGUAAGUUCGCUAAUGUUAUUAAUUAGAUUAUCGUGCAGGAGAGCUCAGUUGUUUUAACUUUUGGAUUAUUAGUAAGAGCACAAACCACUCCAACGAGGUCCAAUCUUUCGAAACGUCUCGUCAUUAAAGAAAUUUAGGGAUAGUCGAAGAAAAAUCCUUUCGCUCUGCGGUGUAUACUUCCAUAAUUUAUUUCACAUUUUAACUCUUCAAAUUUUAUUAAUAUAAGAUAUUUAUAUUUAUUAGUAUAAAUAUGACUAUAAAGAAAUGCAGAGAUAGUAGGGGGAGGAGGGGAGGAGGAAAUCUUUCACUAUAUUAAUAUACAUCUGUAUAAUGAACUUCAAGUUCGAACAGCGAUAAAAGAUGGACCUAAUACAGCAGGAAAUUGCCAGCAUCUCGUGGAUGGAACAAAAGUUAAGACAACCGAGGAAGUUUCUUCGAUUCUAUCACGCCAACCUCGUCGUCUCCAAAACGUGAAUCCUAUGACGAAAUUUUAGCGAUGCGUUAAUUACUUGGAAAUUUUAAUAAUUUUGUUACUUUAUUGACCUGUCUUGUUGGCGAUGCAGACUGUAACAUAGAAUUAUGACUUACACGUCUUACGAUUAAGGACGAAUAAACCAUAAUCCACGUUUCAUUAUUGGCAACGAUAUUAAACGUAGAGGUAGAACUGGUAAAAAAGAAGGAGAGGAAGAAGAAAACAAAAAAAAAAAAUGUUCAGUCAGUGAUAGAAGAACAAAAAAAAAAGGGAAGAACAACGUGAAAAUGAUUGCGACUAACAGGAAAACGUAACCCGUAUUAUAACUCGUAAACGACAUUCUGUCUAAUUAAUAGCUAAUUAUUAUCAUUCUAACCGGUAGGAAACGUGCUAAGGGAUUGAAAUGUACAGAAAAACGAUUAUGAACCACCGUACAUCUCUUAAAUCCUACAAGUGCCAAGUUGGUGAGAAAAGUCCUUACAAAGGCUCGUGUUAUUAAGUAUCAAAUUCGAACGCAAGAAGGAAAGAAGUAUAUUUCGCGAACAUUUAACUCUAUCAGUUUCCAUGUAAUUAAAUUAGGUUCUUGUAUUAUCAGAUUGAUGGAACGUCAGUGGCUCGUUGGUAUUCACGAGAUAUAAAAUUCGAGAUACGUUUCAUUUAACAUUGAUUCGAAAUGAAAUUUAUUAAAGAAUAGAACUGAUAGAGUUAACGCAGAUAGAAUGGAACUUAAUGAUGACGAACAUGCUUUUAUUCGCGUACAAUUAUGUACAUGGAACUAUAACAAUACCGGUAUUAUUGAGCUUAAAUUCACUUUUAAUUCGAACACGUUACCAGCUUAAGGAACGAAGUUCUUUAACGAGAUUCGACAGAAAAAUAAUGAAAAUGUUUAAACGAAGAUCGAACGUAAGCAGUGUAACGAAAAUAAACGGAUGUCUAUACGACAGUAUAGAAGUAAAAAAAAAGGCAAAAAAAGAAAAUUAUGAAAUUA